AUUUAUUUCAAGAGAAAUUUGCAAAUAUAUCUCACUACGAUUGAUUUUUUUGAGUUUGUUCAAAUAUUUUGCGUGAUUUUAGACUAAUAAUUGAUAAAGGGUUUUUUAAAGUGUAAAAAUGGCGACCAAGGAGGAUAGCUGCAACGACAUUGAAGCACAGAUAGUAAAAGGUUUCGAUUUCAACGAUGCCUCAAUAAGAAGAGGAUUCAUCCGAAAGGUUUAUGCUAUACUUUCACUCCAAGUAGCAGUAACAACAGGAGUUAUCAGCUGGUUCAUAUUCCACGAACCGACCAAACUGUUCGUUCAAAAGAAUCCCUUAAUUAUACUGAUCUCUUUUGUUAUUAUUCUAGUUACGAUCAUUGCUUUGUCAUGUUGUGGACAGCUGAGGAGACGAUCACCGGCCAAUCUUAUAUUUUUAUUUAUAUUUACAUUUGCUGAAAGUUUGCUCUUGGGUACAAUUUCUUCUUAUUAUGACGCCGAUGUAGUCGCAAUAGCUGCUGGGGCAACCGUUGUCAUUUGUCUGGGACUGACUGUGUUUGCAUUUCAAUCUAGAGUAGAUUUUACUGUUUGGUCUGGAAUUCUCGUCGUUCUAUCUAUGAUCCUUCUCAGUUUCGGAAUCACUGCCAUCUUCUAUAAAAAUAACAAAUUUCAGUUGCUAUUUGGUGCAAUAAUUGUUCUCUUUUUUUCAAUAUACUUGGUCAUUGAUACUCAACUGAUAAUCGGAGGGGCUGGAAAGAUAAGUCUUUCUCCUGAAGAGUACAUUUUUGCUGCACUUAACCUAUAUCUCGAUAUUAUUAACAUAUUUUUGUAUAUUUUAUUAAUUUUAGGGCGUGUUGCGAGAUAAUAUUAAUACCUAAUACAAUUUAGAUUAUUUUACUGUAAGUAAUCAAUAAAAUUUUGAUAAGGUAA